AUGGAAAGCUCAGGGAGUGUUUUUUCAAGCCUUUUAUCAAUUGCAUCCAGCUGUUUGGACUGCUUCCGCGGUCUCCGUCGAACAUCUUGCUUUCCAAAGUCUCCGAUUUGGUUUGAUUGUGGCCUCAGCCACGCGGAUGUGGAGAGAUAUGGCCGACAGAUUGUGCUUCCAAGCCUGGGUCCGGAAGGCCAAAAGAAUCUCCUGGAAGGAAGCAUCCUUGUCGUGGGAGCUGGUGGGCUAGGUUGCCCCGUUGCUUUAUACCUGGCAGCAGCAGGUGUUGGCUGCAUUGGAAUCGUCGAUGCUGACACUGUUGCUUUGAGCAAUCUUCAUCGACAGAUUGGACACUCCUGGAGAUGGAUCGGAAGAAGCAAAGCAGAAUCUUUGGCGCACGCUUGUCAAGAAGUCAAUCAGGCAGUGUCAGUCAAAGCGCACAGCCUGCGGCUCAAUGAACGACGAGAAGCUGCUGACCUCAUGGCAGGCUAUGAUGUCGUGGUCGAUUGCACAGAUGCCCCUCCAAGCCGAUAUUUGUUGAACGAUGCGGCACUAUCUGCAGCACGACCGUUGGUAGCAGCAUCUGCAGUUGGGCUGAGUGGCCAGUUGGCAGUGUACAACUUCGAGGGUGGCCCAUGUUUGCGCUGUGUUUUUCCAGUGCUGGCAUCACCAGCGGAUGCGGAGCCGGUUGCGUCCUGCGAGGAGAACGGUGUGCUGGGGCCGAUUGUAGGCACUGUGGGCUCGUUGGCAGCUCUUGAGGCUUUGAAAGUGCUUGCGAAACAAUCUGCUCUUCACAAGUCCUGUUUACGGGGCAAAUUGCUCCUCUUUGACCCGACAAGCUCUCUGCAGCCUUGUCGGACUGUACGAAUCCGAAGGCAACCUGACUGUGUGGGAUGUGCAUCCAAAGAUGAUGGUGAUCCACCAGUGCCGUUGACUUGUGCAGUGCCUAGUCAGCUGACAAAGGAGAUCAGCAUAUCUCCAAAAGCUUUGCAUGAACGCUUGUCGACGACCGACCCCAUCAUCUUGCUUGAUGUGAGGCAACCUGCACAUUUCGCUGUAACAAGACUGAAAGCUGCGGUGAAUUGGCCGCUGACAGAGAUGAAUAGGCAAUCCCUUGAGGAAAGACAAGAGAAGUUCAGGUCACUCGAAAAAGAUCUGAUGAAGCCUGUGGUGGUAUGCGUUUGUCGACGAGGAAACGAUAGCUCUGUGGCCACGUUGCUGAUGAGAGAUGCUGGCAUCCCAGCCCUGAAUCUCCAAGGUGGUUUGCAGCAACUCAUGGCAUGUGAACCGCUUUUUCAGCGGAGUCUGCCGGCAUUGACAUGA